AUGGUUAACUUUUCUCCCGGAAAGGGCGAAGUCUGCACAGCAACAAGCGCCAUGAUUGCGUUGCACUGUGCGUCUUUGCAGCUGGUAAGUGUUUUUUUUGGUCCAGUUGCAUGUUGCUAUACGCCUGCAAAAGCUGUCAUAACCAUCCUCAAUACCUUGCCAAUAGGACAUACUCGUGUAUGAUCUAACUUAUAGACUGCGACUCGUUUAUACUGAGUGGUAAUCGUUGGUGGAAGUUUGUGUUUAUGCAGCAUAGCUUAUAUUGCUAAGGUUACGUUUCAGCGGGCUAUUAACAUUAAAGCAGAAGUCAAAUCUGAAGUGAGUGGGAACUUCAGUCGUUACCAUCUCAUCUAUAUAUAGACCAGUUGGAUGAAACGGCUGUGUCGUGAUUGCGUGAUAUCCCGUCUCAUAAAAAAAAAACAUCUAGUGUGAACACUAAAAAGUAGGUCGUUGAACGUAGGAAAAAUAGGGACCGUGGCGAAUGGUUUUUCACUGUAGCCAAAUAGUCUAUGCACCUAGGCGUGAUGUUCCACUGCGCUUUUUAUUUUCAUGUUUUACGCGGGUACAUCGUCGCCUCUUAUUUUCCUUUUGAGGGUGGCUGAAUUUUAACACCAUUCGCUGGAGUGGGUACUCUGGGUUUUAUCCAAAGUGUUGUCAUGCGUAAUUCUAGGGAUGUGCAUUUCCACCAUCACUACCUUUGAAUUAUUGCGCGGCUGGGUGAAGUAGCUAAACAAACGGGUAUGUAUAACUGAUGGAUAGUGUAUUGAUCUAUUAUUUUCGAUUAGUUCUCCACUCAAUCCUGGUUGUCUUUUAUUUCAGAACACCAUGGAGCUUCUAGAGGAGGACCUCACCUGCCCAAUUUGCUGCUGUGUCUUUGAGGACCCCCGAGUUCUGCCGUGCUCACACAGCUUCUGCAAGAAGUGCUUGGAGGGGAUUCUGGAGGGGAACAACCGAGGACCUGUUUGGAGACCCCCUUUCAAAUGCCCCAGUUGCCGCAAGGAGACCCCUCAAAACGGCAUAAACAGCCUUCAGAUCAACUACUCGUUACGUGGAAUCGUGGAGAAAUACAACAAAAUCAGAGUUUUACCCAGGAUGGCCCUGUGCAAACACCACAGUGGUCAACCGCUUAAUAUAUUCUGUGCCACAGACUUGAAACUUAUUUGUGGUUUUUGCGCAACAACAGGCGACCAUAAAGGACAUACAUUCUGUGCCCUGGAAGACGCGUACGAGCAGGAGAAAUCCGCAUUUGAAGAGCUGUUCCAGGGAGUGGAGCGCUGGCACAGGACGGAUAUACUAUCCUGCCUGGAGACACUGGAAGCCAGUAAGAAAAAGGCGCUCCAGUUAGUUUCCAGGGACGCAGAGAAAGUAACCGACUAUUUUGUCAAACUGAUCAGCGCCCUGGACCACAAAAAGAACGAGAUCCUCUCCGAUUUCGAGACGCUGAAGUUGGUGGUGAUGCAAGCCUACGACCCCGAGAUCAAUAAACUGAGCGCUGCGCUGGAGGAGCAGAAGCGCGCUCUCAGCAUCGCCGAGUCCUUCAGGAAUGUGACCGACCCCCUCUGCUUCCUUGAGCAGAUGCAGGAGUUCAGGGAGAAGUUGCGCGUCGUCCGGGAAACGCCGCUGCCCUCCCGGACAGACAUGGACGUCGGUCCCUUGGUCAGGAAUUUCGACGUCAAAAACUGGGACUCGAUGAAGCUUAAAGAUGUGGACAAGCUCUCGGUCCCGCACGAGAGUGGCGUGUAUAGCUCAACGACCCCGCAUGUCGGCGGCAAAGCGCUGGGGAGAGUUGUCGUGUUUUUUGUGUGCCUUUUAUGCGCCCUGGUGCUUCUGCAGCCUGACAGCCUGACCGCGGUGUCAGCCCAAAUCUCCUCGCUCGGCCAUGCCUACCUGCCAGUGCUGGCUGGGUGGCUGGAACUGGCUAACGGUGCGUGGCAGUGCUGGGGAGAGGUAGUGGAUGCCUGCGUUUGCCUGGUGGGUGCGAUUCUGAACUGUAUCCUGAACCUCUUUAAGACACAUGCCGAUUUUCUUGACGAAUUUCUUAGCCGUAGUAAAUUUCUUUAGAUUCCCGAGUGUUAUUUUUGCUACAUGGAUCUGAAGCAAGCUAUGGCAGUCUGAUAUUGAAAGCCUAUAUUGUACAAGCUAUUAGUAGAUUCAUAGCAAGCACUAGAAAGCUAUUGAAGUAUUUACAAGCACAUAUUUAUCAUGCU